UCUAGACAGGGAAGGAUGGUGUGUCUGCUCACUCGGGCACUAGCAUUUAUGUCGUCUACUGCCUGGCAGGGUUGGCUUUCUUCACAAGUGUAGUUGUGAGCCUUGCUUAGGUGAAGGAAAUGCUGUCCUUGUGGAGAUUUAUUGGUCUGAUGAAUCUUCAGGACAUGAUGGGCUUGAUGUGCCUGAUUUCCUGUCCUCAGCGUGGGAGUGUGUGGCUCAUGCAAGCUGUUUCGUUUAAUCCUCUUUAGAGUCCCUGGAGAGAAAUCUCUCCGAUCCCCUGAGGUUGAAGUUCAGUUUUCUGUAAACCUUGCAGGGAAGGGGAAGGCAGAGGAUAGUAAGAGGUCAGGAGAAGGAACCAGAGGAUCUUUCCUGCUAAAUAGGAGCCGCAGAUGAAGCCAGGGACAUGUGCACUUCCACGCUGAAUCCUGAAGGGUGCUGCGAGCACGGAAAGCGCCCCGAUUGCUGUGUACUUCCUUGCCAGUAGUAAACAUGGCAACUCGGCUCCCUGAUUCCCUUCAAGUUAACCUAAAGUGGCCAAUAGUCAACAUGGCCGCCCGAACGUGUAUUCCCAUUUGCCACAGCCGUGAAGCCCCGCCCCUCUGAGCGUCCGAGGGAAUAGCGGAGCGGAGUAUUGCGGCUCGCGACCGAGCUGCGCCUGCGCAAGUCAUUGGCGCCAAGAUGGCGAUGGAGAUGAGGCUCCCGGUAGCUCGCAAGCCCCUCAGUGAGAGCCUUGGUCGCGAUACUAAGAAACACCUGGUGGUGCCGGGGGACACGAUCACCACGGACACGGGCUUCAUGCGGGGCCAUGGAACAUAUAUGGGAGAAGAGAAACUUAUUGCAUCUGUGGCUGGCUCUGUGGAGAGAGUAAACAAGUUGAUCUGUGUGAAAGCUCUGAACACCAGGUAUAAUGGUGAAGUAGGAGACAUUGUAGUGGGGAGAAUCACAGAGGUUCAACAGAAGAGGUGGAAGGUGGAGACCAACUCCAGGCUGGAUUCAGUUUUGCUUCUCUCAUCCAUGAAUCUUCCUGGAGGAGAGCUGAGGAGAAGAUCUGCAGAAGAUGAGCUUGCAAUGAGAGGUUUCUUGCAGGAAGGGGAUCUUAUCAGUGCUGAGGUCCAGGCAGUGUUCUCUGAUGGAGCUGUCUCUCUGCAUACGAGGAGCCUGAAAUAUGGAAAGCUAGGUCAGGGUGUUUUGGUCCAGGUUUCCCCCUCCCUGGUGAAACGGCAGAAGACUCACUUCCAUGACUUGCCGUGUGGUGCCUCAGUGAUUCUGGGUAACAAUGGCUUCAUCUGGAUCUACCCAACCCCUGAGCACAAGGAUGAGGACGCAGGGGGCUUCACUGCAAACCUGGAGCCUGUCUCCCUUGCUGAUCGAGAGGUGAUAUCACGGCUCCGGAACUGCAUUGUCUCCUUGGUAACUCAGAGGAUGAUGCUGUAUGACACCAGUAUCCUGUAUUGCUAUGAAGCAUCCCUUUCGCAUCAGAUCAAAGACAUCUUAAAGCCAGAAGUCAUGGAGGAGAUUGUGCUGGAAACACGCCAGAGGCUUUUAGAACAGGAAGGAUGAGGAGAGGCUCUUGAAGGUGGGCCAAGUCACUGUGAGGUCCCCACAUGUGGCCCAGGGAGGAUCCACAGACUCGUUACUCAUCUGCAUUGCAGUUGAGGGGCUGGAGAGCUCCUGAGCUUGCUCUCUCUUGUUAUGAGACAGCCUGGCGGGAACUGAACAUUGCUGGACAGGCCAGGUCCCAGUGCAAAGAGGUAGUUUCAGGUCUUUUAUCCUGUUGAGGCGAAUGGCUCCUGGAACAAUUGGGUGAAUCCUUUGUCUUCCACUCACCAUCAUUCACAAGGCACGAAGCCCCCUGAAAUUACCCCAUUAGAAAACACAGCAUCCCCUGACCCCUAAGUAGUGUGUUCUGGUCUCCACUCCACCUUUGAAGUUCAAGUGUUUGGUGAAGAAUACAGUGGUGAAGUGAGGCCCAUGGUCAGGGAAGAAUAAAGUUCACCCAGCCACCUUUUGCUUAGCCAGAAUCUCAUUUCCCACUAUAUGUUCCUUCCACUGAGAGGUGAGGAGUUGACACCAGGUCCCUUACUUAACCUGUCCUGCCUUUGAGGGGGGUUUAUAAGAAGUUAUUACCAAUAAUAGAAUGAAUGUUCUGGGCCCAUCUUACUUUUGGGUGCUCUGAUAAACAUGAAAAGUAAGUGAGGAAAAUGGAGAUUGGAAAAGCAAAGCUGUUUUCCUCCUAUAACUGAAGUAGUGACACAUUCAUUUUUGAAUAAUUUACGGUUAAAAAAUAAAAACCAGAUAGUGAAGUUCUCACUGAGGAAUAUUAGAAUUCCGAUCCAUUGUUUUUCUGAUGACUAUUUAAAAAUGGUGCCCUGAUUUAGGUUUUCAGAAACAUUUUUUAAGGCAUUAUAUAUGGAAGUACUGUCUUAUUCCACAUGUGUGGUGAACUACUUUUUGAUGGUUGUAAGUGUGCUAGUGUUGGUUUCUGGGUAACAAUUAGCUAAAUGCAGCUAGCUGAAGGAGGGCUCAGCAGACAUAACUUCCAUCUGAGGCCUUUCUACCCUACUUCUAUUAAAACAAACCUAGGCUGUUUCAGUGGUAGUAACCAACCAAACACUGCCUUGGACAGCUCUGAAAUACAGUUGGCUCUUUUUCAUUAAAUAACAUGGUUCUUUAUAACUCAGUUGACAACUUUUUAAAAUCAUUAUCCCAUGUGUCACCUGUUUUGAGGAAAGUGCAGACAAAUGAAUAAGCUUUAGGCAGCACUGCAUCAUUAGGUUGGCUCACCUGUCAUGUUUUUAAGAUUUUCCACUUGAGAGACAGAAAUGAUAAAGAGCAGAGCCUGCGUCCCGCAAGCUUGUUUGUCCUCACCUGGUUCACCCAUGCUGGUUCUUCAUCCAGUUCCUGCUGACCAAGGUCUGAAAGCACCUUCUGGUGAUUACCUGCUUUCCAUGGCCCACUAGAGGGCGCCCUGGUUAAGUGUAUUUCCAGUAGGUGUAAGAAAUGGAAUAAGCUGAAAUUUUUAAACUUAAUGAGUUUUGCUUUACAAGAGUGAAGACAAAAUUAGACUCGGCUGAAUCACUUUUAAUGGAAACAAGCUUAGAGAGAUUUAUUCAACAUUGGUCAUUUGCUGGGCUCUGGAUUCUAGUUUUAAGUCCUUAAAAGUAUCAUUCUAUAGGGAUUGAAAGAGUACAGUGCAUCUUUAGGAAAAAAAAAAAAAAAAGUCUUGGCUUGGGGCUCUCCUGAAAUCCCCAAAACAGUGGAAGUGAAGAAUGGAGAUUAGGGAUAAUCUAAUCUUUAGAUGAAGGGUAGUGACCUCUACUGUGACCACCAUGAAGCAUAUCUCCAGCUUUGUGGAAAACCAAAGUCUGGUCUGAUUGGCAUGAUAACUUUAUGAAGUAGACAGCUAGGAACCCUGCUUAUAGGUGAAGAAGUCUGAGAAGUAAGGUGACUUGAGUAAGUUCAUGAGUGACUGAAUCAAGCACGUUUAAGCCCUAGAGGUAUCAGAAAGCAGGCCUUCAGAGGACAAGUAGGACUGACUGAAAGGUCAUGAAUCCAGAAGUCUAACUUCCAGCAUUGAGGUUAUCUUUUAUUUGAAUUGUUACCUAUUUGCAUAUUGCCUGUCCCAUGUAUGCUCCCCAAGAAUAAGGAGGUGUUUUUCCCCCCAUUGCUGUAUUCUAGUACUUAGAAUAGGUACUCAGUAAAUACUUGUUAAAUGAA